CUUGAAAUUACAGGCUAACUUCAGAAAACCCGGAAUUGAAAAAUUAAAUUUAGAAUUUAGAUCUAACAUUGAAAAUAGUAAGAACAAAUCCCAAAACUCUAACGACCCGGGUACGGGUAGCUCAGCGGUAAUGCUUCCGGGUUUGCAAUCAAAAGAUCGUUGGUUCGUCUCCCGUCUUGUGUCUGCGAAUACUACGACGAAUACGGGUUACGGUGAAAAGUCGGACAACGCCCCAGCUGAGGGAUUCUUAAAUGGUGAGGACCUUACGAAUUUAGAAAGUUCUCGAUGA